CGGGCAGUAGGGGGUGGGCGGCUAGCGGGACGCACACGAGGAAGCGGCCGGCAGCAUGGAGACGGCGGACAGCGUGGAGAAGGGGGACGGCGGGGAGAAGGCGGGCAACGGACACGCCGAGGGCGCGGCGGCGAGCGGCGGAGGGCGGCUGCGGGGCUGCCGGGGCUUCCUGCGGCGCAACGCGCUGGUGCUGCUCACCGUGUCUGGGGUGGUGGCCGGCGUGGCGCUGGGGGCCGCGGUGCGCGGCGCGGAGCUCGGCCCGGCGCAGGUGGCCUACCUGGCCUUCCCCGGGGAGCUGCUGCUGCGCAUGCUGCGCAUGGUCAUCCUGCCGCUGGUGGUCUGCAGCCUGGUGUCCGGGGCCGCCAGCCUGGACACGCGCUCGCUCGGCCGCCUGGGCGGCAUCGCCGUCGCCUACUUCCUAGGCACCACGCUUCUGGCCUCCGGCCUCGCCGUCGCUCUCGGCUUCAUCAUCCGACCCGGAGCCGGCGCCUCCGCCCUCAACGCGCCCGGCCUGGGGCUGCCGGGCUCGGUGCCGGCCACCAGCAAGAAGACGGUGGACUCCUUCCUCGACCUCGUCAGAAACCUGUUUCCUGCAAAUCUUGUUGCUGCAGCUUUCCGAACGUAUGCAACAGAGUAUAAGAUAGUGCUCAGAAACACUACCUCUGGAAAUGUCACUCUGGAAAAGAUCCCCGUUGGUACUGAGAUUGAAGGGAUGAAUAUCCUGGGAUUGGUGCUCUUUGCUCUGGUUUUAGGAGUGGCACUGAAAAAGCUUGGCAGGGAAGGAGAAGAUCUCAUUCGCUUCUUUAAUUCAUUCAACGAGGCAACUAUGGUCUUGGUUACCUGGAUUAUGUGGUAUGUACCUAUUGGUAUUAUGUUCCUUGUUGGGAGCAAGAUUGUGGAAAUGGAAGAUAUUGUGCUUCUGGUGACCAGUCUGGGAAAAUACAUCUUCGCCUCUAUUCUGGGCCACUUCAUCCAUGGAGGGAUCAUUCUGCCACUCAUUUAUUUUGCAUCCACGCGUCAAAAUCCGUAUCGUUUUCUCUUAGGACUUAUCACUCCAUUUGCCACUGCUUUUGCCACUUGCUCCAGCUCAGCCACUCUCCCAUCGAUGAUGAAGUGUAUUGAGGAAAACAAUGGAGUCGACAACAGGAUCAGCAGGUUUAUCCUUCCUAUUGGUGCAACUGUGAACAUGGACGGAGCUGCUAUUUUUCAGUGCAUGGCAGCUGUGUUUAUUGCUCAGCUGAACAAUGUCGACCUCAAUGCUGGGCAAAUCUUCACCAUUCUUGUCACAGCAACUGCAUCCAGUGUGGGUGCAGCUGGGGUUCCAGCCGGAGGAGUCCUCACCAUCGCUAUUAUCUUGGAGGCCAUUGGACUUCCAACCAACGAUCUGUCCCUGAUUCUAGCAGUGGACUGGAUUGUGGACCGAACUACCACGGUUGUAAAUGUGGAAGGGGAUGCCCUAGGAGCAGGUAUCCUCAAUUACCUGAAUGAAAAAGAAAAGAGAGAAAAGGAGCAGGAGCUAAAAGAAGUCAACGUAGAAGCAGUUGCUAACAGCAAGUCUGAAGAGGAAACGUCGCCUUUGGUAACCCACAAAAAACAAGUCUCCAACACAACCAGUACAGCAGACCCUGACUCCAAGGAAUCAGUAUUGUGAACUAGAAGCUGUUGGUCAAACACGUCUUAGAGGUGGAACAGGGACUUGUUAAUGCACCUAGACGUUUGCAGUGCUAGCAAGAGCUGGGCAGCUCUUGAAAAUUUUCAGUUCCAGUCUGUUUUGAAAUUUGCUGGCUUGGGGAAGGGAGGGAGGUGGGCUGGGGAGAAAGAACACACACUUUGUAAAAGUAUUUUGAUAAUUCAUAUGUAUACGUGUAAGUAUGUGUUGCACAUACACACAUAUACAUGUAGGUGAAAGCAAUGCCAAUUGGAACUUCUGGUUUUACAAGAGAUCUGUUAGUAAAGGCUUAUAUGGGUUGGACAUGGGGAAGCAGCCAACCCAGUACGUGCUUACGGUAGCGAGAAAUUAGUAAGCUAGUUACUGCUGUUUGAAUGGAGAUACAGUUCAGAAACUCCACAGUGGGGGAGAAUGUUUCUUAAGUUUAGUUCCUGCACUCGAAGCUCUUACUGACAAUUACACACACAAUAUGAAGCAACAUUUUUCUCCCAUUCCCCUUCCUCUCCUGUUCUCUGAUCACUUAAAAACAUCAAACAUAACCUGGGUAGUAGGGUGUGGGUUUUGGUUUUAUUUUUUUUAGUGUCAUAUGUGAAUAAGUCACAGGGAGUUCUUAAUCUUGUUCCAGUCCUGUUCUGCAUUGCAGCUUUCUUGCCUUUUGGUGAGUAAUUCCCAAACUCUGGGACCAGACAAAGGAGAUAUUUGUGCAGAUCAAGGGUUGGCUUUCUCCUCCCCUCUUAGCAAGCUGUUGAGAGGAAAAAAUCCAGAGGAAACACAAAUUUUGUUAAAGUAAUUCCUCUGGGGCUAAAAAAAAAAAAAAUAUGUGGAGUCUGGUCCAGUAUAAAUAGCUUUAAAAGAAGUUUGUCUGUGACAACAUCAAGAAGUCAGUUCCCUUCAUGAAAACACACAUGCACGUUUGCUAGCACGCCAUGUCCUGCUUAUGUUUGUGUAAUGGGUCAGUCCAAACAAAUGAAGUCAUACCCCUUUUUCAAGCAAAAUUGUACAGGGAGGGGAAAAAAUGUGAACACACACAUGGGAACUGACAACAGGCAAGUCUGUUAGCUUGAAAGGGGAAAAAAGGAGGUGAAUUUCUAACCUGAGGUAGUUCAGUGAUCUCUGAGUAUUGGGACAGCUGUGCACCCAUUCCUGCUAGGAAUUUGGUCCUGCUAUGAACAUCCUUUUGGCAGCAGUUUACAUUUAAUUCUAGGUGGUGCUGGGCGAUAGGUAGUGCUUAAUGGCAGAUGGUAACCUUUGUUUGGGGCUGAUCCAGAUGCUUCUGGAUUCUGACUCCACCUUUUUCCUUUACCACAUGUUUUUUGAAUUUGCACCCCCAGACUUGAUCAAAGUCCAGCAAUCAUUGCAAAACUCCUGUUGAUUUCUCUUGGCGUUUUGGUCAGCAGGUAGUUUCAAAGUGAUGGCUGUGCAUAUAUGCUAAGAUUUGCCCUGACUUUGUGGCACUUUCCCUUGGCUACUUCAACAAGGUGAGUGCAAUAUGGUCAGUCCUCCACACUGUUAACUCAGCAACAUAUAUUUACACUUUGCUUUGGUAUACACUACUGAUAAGUCUCCCCUUGUUUUUCACCCCUGUUGCUUCAGAGGAAGCUAUCAUGAAAAGAUAUUCGGUUGCUGAUGUUUCUGGUAAUGGCACUAGGAAGAGGCAGCUCCAAUUCUAUAGCAGCAGCAGCAGCCUUCAUUUGCAAAGCAUCUUUCCUGCUAAAGGGACUCCACAGAUUUUGCUAAAAGGUGCUCCAGAACAAGUUGUGGCCAACAUCUGUCUGAGGGACAACACAGUGAGUGUGUUAUUACUGGCUGUUCAAUGAUGUGCAGCAACCCUGCGCUAACAAAGUAGGCGAGGGUUGGUCAGCCCACCGCAAAACUGCAGGUGGAGUUUCUUUUUAACCAGUUUAUUUAUAAUCAUGUCCACAAAAUUUGAUUGUUCCUCAUCAUGUUUUAAAAAUGGAAGGAGGCAGAUGCUGUUCUUUAGGGCUGCCCUCUGCCUGUUAUUUAGUAUUUUAGUUUUAGCAGGUUGAGAUCUGCUGAAACUUCACAUUUCCUCCCAUUAGAGUCAUCCCAACUCCUUUCAACUCAGGAAGCCAGAAGCAGGCUUUGUAGCUGGCAAUGAGAAUCCUCAGAUUAAAGGUAUUUUGGGAAAAGAAAAUAUGUUGGAGGUUUAAAAAUAAGUAAAUAAAUAAAUCAGGGUUCUCAUCAACCCUCUUUUUUAAAACAAAUAUUUAGUGUUUCAUGGAAAACUUUGACUGCACCAGAACGCCAGAUACUGUGGUUUUAAAACAGUACGUGGAUAUCUGGGGAGAACUGAAAAUCACAACUGUUCCCUGCGGGCUGGGUUCUGUAGUUGGAUUAUCAUUUCCCAUCAGACAUUUAGCUCUUUUGAUGCACUCCCUUGACAUGACACAUGCAGUUCAGUUGAGGACAUGAGAGCAGGAAGCACCCGAGUGAAGAGUCACGGCAAGAUUUGAGAAGAGAAUGUUUCUCAGUUUUGAUUUUUCACCCCAAAGAUGAUGUUGCCAACAGAUAAAAGUACUCAUAAAGGGUAUGUCCAAAGGCUGGGCUUCCUCACAGGCACUGCCUGGCCACUGCUCAGCUGAUAUCCCUUCCCUGUGGGACUGCCAAUUGAUUGUACCUUGGCCCUUCAGCAGCAUGCUGUAGGCUGUGGGAUGUUCUUUCUGAUGGUAGAUCCUAGCAAAUGGUUAAAUUGAGGUCAGUUAUCUCAAACUUGUCGUAGUGUUUUUCACUAGCAAUGCAAAAAGUAAACAUGUCUUCUUAAGAAUGGCUCUCCCAGUCCCUGUUAGUGGAUUGCCAUGUUUUGCAUCAGCAUGAGCGUGUAGUCCCAUGUAAGGCUUGUCAGAGCAUUUGGGCCUAAGGUCAAGCAUUCCCAUAGCUGGAAUUUCACAAAGGAAUUGUAACACUCCUUCAGGAAACAGGUGCCAUAGGGUCUAUAUGAGCCAUUGAGUAUUCAGGGCUAGUCUUUUUAACCUGCCACAAAUCUUUAAGGUUACAAAAAGCUCUACUUUAGACUUAGAAAGGUGCCAAUUCUUUUGUUGUUUGCAUGCAGUGAGAGGGAUCCCACAGUCCGUGGAAGCACAAAUGCAGGGUAGUGACUGCUUUACACAAUAUCUUAUUGCUCUUGUUUGUAUCGUCUGUGUCAGAAAUUACAUUUCUUAUUUUUCUAUUAUGUUACCGUUGCAUUUGAUAACCAUGCCAUGUCUUCUAUGGCUCUCUGCUCGACUUCAGAUUACAGAUUAUUCAGAUUCAACUACAGCCUUGUAAAAAGAGGCUGUGGGUUGACCAAGAAGGUGCUGAGCAGCAGUACAGGUACAGCUAGUAACACGUGCUCUGUGCUUACCCUGGCAUUCUGUGCAUCUGGUGCCAGUAUGGUACUGAACUCCAACAUCUGUUGACUGGGUGUAUGUUUGAGUUCUCCCAACUCAACUGUACAAUGGAAAUAUUUAGUCAGUUGCUUUUGAUUUCAGGAGGAGAUAAAUUCGAUCUAAGUAACACUGGUUUUCUUGUUUUGGCUUUAGUCUUUCUUUUGGGAAACACAGAUCCUUUUAAUCCCUUCUGGUAUUUUCCGUAUGGUAUCCACAUCCCCUGGAGAUAACGGGCUGCCAUUACCCUUCGUGCUGCAAUUGGCAGUCGUUUCACUUUUUGAUUUCUGUUGGGUGUAUGACUUGGGUCCAGGUGUUGUUUUUCCUUCUUGAUAGCUGUUUCUCAUCAGAGGAGCUCCAGUCACAUUCUCUCAAUGCAAGGGGACUACUGGAGGCAUCUUUUUCUGUGUAAUGUUGGUUACCGUCAUAGAGACCUUUGUGCUGUGCUGGUGGAAUGGGACCGGGAAAGAAAAUUCUAGUGUUAUUAGUCAUUAUUGGUGGAUAUGCAUACACAGCAGACUGUGGUCAGAAAAACCUCUUCGUCUUAAGAAAGUAGGCUACAAACAGCUUGUGUCUUAUCCUCUAACACUGUGAUUGCAUUUGGGGAGAAAAUUACAGGAAUAUGGAAAAGAAGGGCUUUGUAAACCUUGGCCAUGCCCAGUCCCAUUUCGUCUCAGACCGUAUUUCUUUUUUACCUUCUCUAUUUCAGUGAAGUGUCUUUGACUGUUUGGGACCAUCUCAUCUUUCUUCUCUGGGACUGAAUUUCCUCACUGUAAUUUAUCAGUUACUGACUCACCUCCUUGCAUUUCCUGCAGUGCUCUAAGAUGUUUUUAUAUGUUGAUGCAUCAGUGGACAUAGUUUUGAGUUUCAGCUGAUCCUCAGGAAUGUACUUUGCCCUUAGCUCACCAAGGAUUUGUGACACCUGGUAACUUAAAGAGUUGCUUUGAGAGUGCUGAGCAGCAUCUGUCACUGUGAGAAAGGUGCUUGCUCUGUGCUGUGAGAUGUGGCUGUCAAGGCCUGAUCAGCUCUAGUGAGCAGUGAAGGUGUGUGCCAUGUGUGCCAGCACAAGGCUACUGUUAGAAUAUUCUCAGUAGUCCUGUUAUUCCCAGCUUUACAGGUACCACUCUCACAGACAAUAAUGUGGAGGGUAGUGAGCCACAGUGUUUGUAAAGCACUCUUAAGACACGGAGCACUAAAUCUUGGAUAAUAAUGAACUUAUUGAAACCUGAAAGGAAUCAAGUAAUUGAAGUAUUCAUCAUUAAGUCAGAGUUACAUUGUGCUGGCAUGGAUGACUGGGUGACCAGAGGUCCAGUGUGUGCAUUUGCAGGGAGAAAAGUGGGAGCUGAUGUCACUCAGUUGCUCUGCUUUUGGGAUGGCAUAAAAGUCCAGGGGUAGGUAAAAUAACAGACAUCACUGUGGAUUCUAUACUUCAACGGGGAGCCUUAUUAGUUUAGUUUCUUCCUAGUUUCAGUGGAGGAGCUUUUCAACUAACAAAACAAGUCAUCUUGGUGGCAGUACAAGGAAAAUGAGAAUGGCAGGCAGAUCAGACAGGAUAGGCUAAUUACAUGGAUAAAGCAGCUAUGGCUUUGAAGGAAGCAUCUUUCCCAUGGUGUUUUGAUACGGAUAUCAUCAAAAAGACUGCAGGCACUUGUCCUGCAUGGAUUAGAGACUAUGCAAAUCCCCACCUGCUAACUGGCCAGUGGUUACAAGGAGAGGCAGAGAUCAAGUGCAGGUGUUGCUGAAGUGCUGUCACUGAGCAACAAGUAAGCAGCAGCAUGGGGCUCUGAUAAGCUGCUCUUGGCUGCUGGCCACGAGCACAGAGAAAUAAGCAGUGGAACUCUGGAUCAGGAUCUGACCCACAUUCCUCCUUGCAGUGUAGCUCAGUGUAUGCUCCAUGGAUAGCCAUUAUUCUGUGAGGACAAAGAAGACUUUGUUAUCUAGAUGGGCACAUCAGCAAAAGCCAUGUUCGCUUGCUGCUUCAGUUUCAGGGAGCAGGAAAAAGGAUAAGGCAAAUGGUCUUAAACGUUUUCCAAACGUUGGGCAAUACACUGUGACAGUUGCCAUUAAAUAUUGUAAGUCAGAUGAAAAGUGAUUAAGAGCCUUAUUUGGAUUUCAUAGCUCCCUGUUGUCACAUCUGAGGCUGUGUUUAAACUGUGUAGGCUAUGUCAGUACAGCUUGAUUUCUGUUACGCAUUGCAGAAAGGAGUCUUUUCUGAAGGAAACCAUUUCCAUGUGCCUGAAUCCCCUGGUGCUCCCACAGAAAUAAUUGUACUUAACCAUUGAAGUACCCCAAGUAUUAACUGUGGUAUGCGUUGUAGCUCUUUAGGAACCCAAUGGGAUGCCACAAAAUGGGACUGAGGACACAGACCAUUUCACCUCCUUUUAUGGGGGGGAUGAAGACAAUUUUAUGACUGGCUCACUCGCUCUCUGUGAGGGUAACAAUUCUGAUGAGUCCUCUGGAUUCAGGGCCAGCAGCACCACCUCUAAGACACAAGGCGUCUCCUGCUGCAGAGAUACACGAUCUGCCUUACUACCCUACAAGGUGCCUUGUUUGGCUUUUCAAUAUAACUAUGCACCAAAGGCAAGAGACUCCGUUAUCCCUGCAGACAGGAGGGAGAACAAGGAUGACGUGGUGUGAAACGGAGACAGGGAAAGUGAGUUUCUUUUCUUUCUCCUCUAAGUUUUCUGUCAGCAGUCCUGCCUCUGAUGCUCUUAUGUGUAUGUGCUUUUAUUUCUACCAGAGCAUAAAUCACUCUAACUAGGGGGGAGGAUUCUUGUAUUUUUAUAUGCUGAGCCAUUUGGUUGAUUAAUCAAAGUGACACACGGAUGAACUCUGAAAUUCACUGCCAUCUGCUGCUCCAGUACAACGCAGUAUUACUGAUACAAAGGUACCUACCUUCAGAUAAAACCUGGUGCUGAAAGCACUGAGAGUAACCACUCCAUUGAAUGAAUCCUUACUGCCAUGUGGCUGUGUUGAUGCUUGUGAACUUCUGUAACUGUUCCUGCUUUAAAAUGAUGGGUCUGAUCUGUGUGACUCUUAUCAGCUUGUUUAAUGUCUACAAAGACCAGAGGUGCGUGCAUAUAUAUGCAAAAAAGGACCAUAUUGCUGUGGCUGGGGCUCUGUGACCCUGGGGUGGAUUCCUAUUCCAGAUGUUUACUGCAUAGCACGCUGCUCUUUGGUGUAAAGUCCUCCCUGUCUGCCUGGGGAGAAGGCAGCCCUGUGGCUCAGGCUGAGCCUGUUUGUUGCAUUAGGAAGGGUGAGAAAACAGGGAGCUCUCUCUCUUUUUCCCUUCUGUUGUGGACAUGUUCAUUUGUUCUUUCUUUGUGUAGCUUCUCAAUCCGAAAUAAAAAUCACCCCCAAAUAGAA